UGUGGCGUGAGUUGCGCCGCGUCGUGUACGCGCAGUGCUUUCCGAGUGCAGUCAGCGUCGCUUCAUUCGUGCAGCAGAAUUUCCCUUUACGCCGACUGGAUACGACACCUAAAUGAAAACGACACCGGAGCAACUCGUUCUUUUUACGCGCUCACCAUCAUGUUGGACAACUGCUCGGAUUUUAGCAACCUUACGCAGCUGGUGGUUCCGGUGGUCCACUACAACUUCCCAGCGCUUGUUUUCGGGAUCUUACUGAUCAUGGCCGUCACCUUCGGCAACGUUCUCGUGUGCCUCAGUGUUUACUCGGAGAAAGCUUUAAAAACCACAACCAACUAUUUCAUCGUCAGUUUGGCGUUUGCAGACCUGCUGCUGGCGGUUCUGGUUCUGCCACUCUUUGUUUACGCAGAGUUCCAGGGUGGAGUCUGGUCAUUGAAUAUGCUUGUGUGUGAUGGCCUGAUGACCAUGGAUGUGAUGCUGUGCACUGCAUCCAUCUUCAACCUCUGUGCCAUCAGUGUGGACAGGUUCAUUGCAGUUGCCAUUCCUCUAAAUUAUAACCGCAAGCAUGUGGACCAUCGUCAACUCAUCCUGCUAUUAGGCACCUGGCUGCUCGCCCUAGCUGUGGCCUCACCUGUUCUCUUUGGAAUUAACAAUGUACCCGACCGUGACCCCAGCAAGUGCAAACUCGAGGACAAUAACUAUGUAGUUUAUUCCUCCAUCUGCUCCUUCUUUAUUCCAUGCCCCAUCAUGGUCCUGCUAUCCUUUGGAGUCUUUCGUGGCCUACGGCACUGGGAGGUGUCCCGUAAGGCUAAACUGCGCGGCAGCAUUGAAGCUUGCAGGAAGCUGCAGCAUGUGGCCAUCACCACCGCCCUCCCCCCACUGGUGGGCGCCAUGCCUGGGUCUUUGCCGAUGACUCUACCCAGGAUCAUUGAAAGGGACUUAGCUCAGUCACGCCUUGAUAUGGAUGACUACAUGAAACAAGAGAUUCCUUAUCCCAUUCAGUACAGAGAGAAAGCCAUACCCACAGUGACUGACAGCCAAGAACAACAGAGCAAGAAAGGAGCCAAGAUCAACAGCAGGGAGAGGAAAGCUAUGAGGGUGUUGCCAGUUGUAGUAGGCUGCUUCCUCUUCUCCUGGACUCCAUUCUUUGUGGUCCAUACCAGUAGAGCUUUGUGCUUGACAUGUGAGAUCCCUCCUGGACUUAUGAGCACGGUGACCUGGCUGGGCUAUGUCAACAGUGCCCUCAAUCCCAUAAUCUACACUAUCUUCAAUGCAGAGUUCAAGAAAUAUUUCAAAAAAUGCUUCCAGAGCUGCUGCUACACAUGCUUGGUCUGAUUAACACUAUAACUGUUUGCACUGUAAUAUUCCAUCAACUGGUUAGGAUGUUGGUUGUAGAGAUUUUUAUUGUGUUGUGGUCAUAAUCUAUCAACAUACAGUAAUGCAUUAAUCUGUUGUACCUCAACAGUCUCAGUUGGUAAUUUAUUUUUUUCCCCAGCCAGAUUAACAGAACAGCACAAUUAAUUUUAGACAGUUACAAAUCAGAGGUACAGUAUACAGUUUGAAAGUUUGUAUGAAGAAGCAUUUUACCUUCUGUGAGUAAGUGUGAAAAAGGACGUCUGCCAGGAAAGAGGGAUUCAAGCAGUGGUGAUUCUGGGAAAGGCAGGGGGGGCAGUACCCCCCUAACACUGUGCCUGGAUCCCCCUGUGGCACCCCCCAUCCUUACAGUUUCUAUGCAGUACUGUAGUAGACAACAGCAUUAGCAGCUCUUGCACACCAACUACACGCUUGCUGCACAAUUAAAAUAAACAAGGAGUCAAGACAUAGAGCACAACCUACACUUACAGUACAACAACGCAACAACCAACAGGUGAGUGACACACAGACAACUAUUAUGAGAAAACACAAAAAACGUGUAACACUGAGAUUGACACGGAAUUACCGCAUGUACAACAUGCUGCGAGGGAUACCAGGAAUUCUGUCAACCUCUCUUGGCGCUACAGUACUAUACUAUAUACUACUAUAAAUGUUAAACUUGUGAAAUAGCAAAGACGUGUGUGUGGGUGUUUAUAUACACAUCUGUUCUGCAUGUGCGCAUGUGUGUGUGUGUUUUUAAAACUGCGCCUCUGACAAAAUCUUGAGAACUUGAAGGUCUCAACGGUGGACACAAGGCAGCUGGACAGCAUGAGGGGCAGCUGUGGCGAAGGAUGCCUCCUGAAGUCCACGAUCAUCUCUACAUCAUUUUGAGCGUGUUCAGCUCCAGGUUGUGUCAGCCGCACCACAGCUCCAGCCUCUCCACUUCCUGUCGAUAUGCAGACUCAUCACAGUCUUUGAUUAGGCCGAUGACAGUGGUCAUCUGCAAACUUCAGGAGUUUGACAGCCAAGUGCGUUGAGGUGCAGUUGUUCAUGUAGAGAGAGAAGAGCAGCGGAGAGAGGACACAACCUUGGGGCAUCCCGGUGCUGAUGGUGCGUGUAGAUUAGGUGGCCUUCCCCAGCCUCACCUGGUGUGUCCUGCCCGUCAGAAAGAUGUAAAUCCACUGGCAGAUGGCCGGCGAGACACUGAGUUAGAGAAGCUUAGAGGAAAGAAGUUCAGGGAUGAUGGUGUUGAACGCUGAGCUGAAGUCCACGAACAGGAUCCUUGCGUAGGUCCCUGCGCUGUCGAGGUGUUCUAGGAUGAAGUGCAGUCCCAUGUUGACUGCAUCAUACGCAGACCUGAUUGCUCGGUAGGCAAACUGCAGGGGGUCCAGCAUGGGACCUAUGACGCUCUUGAGGUGGUCCAGCACGAGACGUUCAAAGGAUUUCAUGACCACAGAUGUCAAGGCGACUGGCCUGUAGUCAUUCAGACCUGAGAUUGCAGGUUUCUUGGGGACUGGGAUGAUGGGGGCGUGUUUGAAACAGGAUGGUACUUCGCACAGUUCCAGAGAUCUAUUGAAGAUCUGUGUGAAGACUGGAGCGAGCUGGUCCGCGCAGACUUUGAGGGAGGAUGGGGACACAUGGUCCGGGCCUGCCGCUUUGUUAAUCUUUUGUUUUUUUAAGAUGUGUCUCACAUCCUGUUCGUGGAUGGUUAACGCAGAAGUCAGAGGUGUUAUUGUGGUCGGUGGUGCGGCCGGGUGGGUGUGGGGUGUGAAAGUGUCCUUUUCAAUCUGCAGUAGUAGGUAUUCAAGUCGUUUGCUAGUGUGCUAUUGUUCUCAGCUUGGGGUCAUCGUCGCUAAUUGGUCAGCGAUUGGAAUGCAUGCCAGACUGAUUUAGAGUCGUUAGCGCUAAACAGUUUUUCCAACUUUACUGCAUAGUUUCUCUUUGCAAUGUUAAUUUCUUUAGUCAGCUGAUUUCUAGCUCGAUUAUACAGGGCCCUGUCCCCGCUUUGAUAUGCGUCCUCCUUAGCUUGGCGAAGUUGCUUAAGUUUGGCAGUGAACCACGGCUUGUUGUUAUUGAAUGUGCGAAAUGACCUUGUUGCUACACACACCUCUUCACAGAAACUAAUAUAAGAUGUGACAGUGUCCGUAUAUUUAUCCAGGCUGCCAGCUGAAUUUUCAAAGACACUCCAAUAUGUGCUGUCUAAACAGCUUUGAAGUUCUAUCUUUGCUUCAUUGGUCCACUUUUUCACUGUUUUCACUGUAGGCUUCACGCAUUUAAGUUCUUGUCUGUAUGUUGGUAUUAAGUGAAUGAAGCAGUGAUCAGACGAGCCCAGGGCUGCACGAGGUAUGGCACGGUAUGUGUUAUUUAGCAUAGUAUCGCAGUGGUCUAAAAUGUUAUUUUGCCUGGUAGGACAGUCGAUGUGCUGCUUGUAUUUAGGGAGUUCAUGGUUGAGUUUAGCUUUGUUAAAGUCCCCGAGAAUAAUGAGGGGUGAGUGCGGGUGUUUUUUUUCAAUUUCGUUUACUUGUUCAGGGUGUAACCGAGGCGUCCACACGGGUAGGCACCAUCUUGGAUUUUUCAGUCACCAUCAUUUUUUAACAGAGGGGUACCAACAAUUUUGCCUACACGUCGAUGUCAUUCCUUUCAUUGACUGAUCAUCAGUCCAGGUGUAUACAUCAGGGUAACUCAAAAUGUAGCUUUUUAAAUUUACAAAGAAUGGGUAGCUAUCACUUUAGGUAAAUAUGAAACCUGGAUGUAGUUUUCAGAACUAAGUGGUGUCACUAAUUACUGCAGUGUAGUCCUCAACAUUAGAGUCAGUUCAAAACGACAUCUUUCAGUAGGGUACAGAGCAGUUCUAUACCACUGCAAACGACAAACACAAUAAUGACCAUAUAAUGUUCCACUGACAAUGUCAAUCAAAACUGGGCAUUAGCUCUUUAACGGCAACAUUUUUGAUACAACUCUUGUAUUGAUCUCAUUCGAUUGUGCAAGUGGUCAUGUUGUGGGUGGUUGGUGUAUUUUGCAUGAGCUAUAUAUUUUUUUCUUUACUAAUACAUUUUACCUCUGAAAACUGAUCACUUAUCCAAACACCCUUUCCACCAAAAGAAUAAGAAUAUCAUCUUAUUUUCUAAAAGUAAAACAUAAUCCUAAAGUAUGUAUGUUGUUGGAUGCUUUUUUAUGUUCUGAAACUCAAAGAAUCCAUGUACUGAGCUAUUACUUUGUGUUUAUUGAUUCAUUACCGACUGUGCAUACUGUAGCCACGUUUUAUGUGGGAACAUUGUUAAUAAAAUGUUGCAUCUUU